AUGCCUCAAGGUGCACAAGCUCGCCCUGAGGGGCAGCGCCAAGCUUGUUGCCGAAUUCUCUCGCGCAGACAUCGACCGCUGACCAACGCCAGGUUCCAACGAGGUGUCUACCCCGCCGAAGACUUCUCAGUCGUCAAGAAAUAUGGCCUCAACAUGCUCGCCACAGCAGUCUCCUCCGACGACCAGGUCCGCGCCUACAUCAAGAAGAUCAUGGGCCAGCUCGACCGCUGGAUGAAGUACGGCAAGAUCUCCAAGCUCGUCAUCGUCAUCACGAGCAAGGACACGGGCGAACACGUCGAGCGCUGGCAGUUUGACGUCCAAAUCUUCAACCAGCACAAGUCGUCCAAGGCCAAGGCCGCCAAGGCUGACCAGGAGAACGCCGCGCCCGUCACCGAAGACGCGCCCGAGAAGACGGAAAAGGAAAUCCAGGACGAGAUCGCCGCCAUCUUCCGCCAGAUCACCGCCUCCGUUACCUUCCUGCCCCAGCUCGACGGCGACUGCACCUUCAACGUGCUCGUCUACGCCGACGCCGACAGCGACGUGCCCGUCGAGUGGGGCGACAGCGACGCCAAGGAGAUCGAGAACGCCGAGCGCGUCCAGCUGCGCGGCUUCAGCACGAGCAACCACCGCGUCGACACGCUCGUGAGCUACCGCCUGGCCGAGUAG